UUUACAAAUUUUUAUUAAAGCAGUCAUAACAUGACGGCGCGAGAGAGUACUUAACAAAAAAGAAUAUUAAGAAAAACAUAUAUAAAAAAUAAAAUAUAGCAACAAAGUAAUGCACAAUAUAUAGCAAAAAAAAAAUAAAUACAUACAUAACAAACGAAAAGAAGAAGAAAUAUAAAUAUCUACUAUAAAAGCAAAUGUUAUAUUUUAUUACAAGGAGAAAAAAAUGAAAAGAAUUGCAAAAUUUUCAAAAAAAUACAAGAGAAAAUACCGCAGCAACAACAAAUUAUUGAAAAGAUAGGAAAUUUCAAGAGCUAUCCGUUUCGGCGCCGAGUUCUCCCUCCUGCAAUUUUACCCUUACUGUUGUGUUAAACAAACAAGUCCGUCAACAAAGAAUUACCAACAAAAAAUAAACGAUAAAAUCAACAAAGUUUACUACUACCAAGCCAAGAAUUUGUUGGAAUUGAAGAUUACAAAAAUAAAAAACGUUUGGUUUCUUUUUUAAGUAAAUUAAAAAAAAAAGCUGACCAAAGCGACAACAAAAUCCCAAAGGGAAAAUUUAUCGAUUACGUAUUUUGAAGCAGAGCAGAGCACCAACAAAAACUGGCACAACUAUUAUAUGCGAUUAUCGGCAAAAGAGAAUAAGAUAUCCAAAACAAUUUCAAAUUUUAGAAUUGUUGUAAUACCCUGAGAAGAGGAGAACGACUGCUGACAAUUUUGUAACGAAGAGUAUAAGAAGAGAGCUGCGGCAAGAGAAAUCUCUUCUCCACAACAUUUAAGCAGCAAAGAAAAAUCAAAUAAUAACUGCAAGAGUGAUUAAUUGAGAGUAGGAGUGAGAAUUAUUUGAGGGGAGCACAUUUAGCCAAAUGUCAAAGAUAACACAAAACAUGUGAGCGAAUAGAACGGCAAAGAAAAGAAAUAACAAAAACAAACCGAGCAAAGAAAAUUGAUAGUAAAAUCGAAUCGAAAUAAAAAUAUUAAAGAAAAUUCAAGUUACGUAUUGUGUGUGAGUUUAGUGUGUGUGUAUGAGUGAGUGAGUGUCAGUGGCAAUAGGGAACAGCAGAAUUUAGCGACGCCAGCAGCAGAAUCACAUGAAGAACAAGCAAAUCGUCGCCGCCGCACACAACACCACAGCCAGCCAGCCAGCAAAGCAAAGAAGUUUUAGCGAAGAAACCCUUUUAAUCAUUUUCAAAUAAAAUGUGGACGAAUCAACAUCCACACGGUGUCGUGACAGCAAUUGAAUAAAAAUCGAGCGGACGAUCCGAACGGCAGUAGAAAAAAAUCCAAAUAAUCAUAAUAAUUAAAAAAGCACAAGCCAAGCAGUAAAACAAAAAUAGAAGUGCAAAUCAAAAAAAAUAUAUAUAGAUAUAAAUUAAUUGUGUAAAACAAGAAGAAGCAAGAAAGAAAAGUAAAUAAACAACAACAAAGGAAGGAAGAAAGAAAAUUACAAGACAAAUAAAAAGCAGCACAAAUACAGAUUAUAAUAUAGGUACAAAGUCUUCAACAAAAUACAAUACAACAAUAAUAAAGUGGAAAAUUACAAGAAUUUAAACAAGAACAGAAAUUCUCAAACCCUGUGACCUGAAACAACAAAAAACAUUUUAAUUUCAAUAAAAAAAACUCCUUAUGAAACAAAACAAAUCUUGAACGCUCUACAACUCAUUAUGGGUGGUCCACACUGAAAUUGGAACAGACUACCGGUGGUUAUCUUGCCGUCGUCGUUUGUUUGUAUGUACAUCCUCCCUCCCACAACUGCUCCUUCUCCCAACAAAAGCAUUCUUCCAGUCACCUUCUGCUGCCUUCUAAACAAGAGCCACAGCAACAGCAACAAACUAAUAUUCCCACCGUCCAUAUUCUAACCGUCUCCAGCAAUCACUAACCCACACACACCGCUUCACACCCAUUUGCCCAUUGCCUUGCUUCAAAAGAGCCCAAAUCCGAAAUUAUAAUGGCCGAUUCAAUGCCCCCACAAACCGGCUCCUCAGCCCGUCUGCGCAAAUUCGACCGCACCGACAGUGAACUGGCCGUCGAAGAGGCCGCCCAUCUAACCGCUGACCUACAAGAACCGGGAGCUGCUGGCAGUCCCGAGGGCGACGACGACGAUGACUACAGCGAAUACAACGAACUACCGCCACCGCCGGACGGUGGCUACGGCUGGGUCAUUUGCUUCGCCUCCUUCAUGUGCAACAUGAUCGUGGACGGCAUUGCCUACACGUUCGGCAUCUUCCUGACGGAAUUCGUGGAUUACUUCGGAGAGGGCAAGGCCAAGGUGGCAUGGGUUGGCAGUUUGCUGAGUGGUGUUUAUUUAGCCGCAGGUCCCAUAGUCUCAGCCCUGGCGAAUAAGUAUGGCUGUCGCACGGUGUGUAUUGCCGGUUCAGUGAUUGCCUGCAUCGCCUUUGCCCUGAGCACGUUGAGUACAUCGGUGGAUAUGCUGAUGCUGACCUAUGGUGUCAUUGGUGGUUUCGGCUUUGGCAUGAUAUAUUUGCCGGCCGUGGUGGCAGUGGGCUACUACUUUGAGACCAAGCGCUCCUUGGCCACGGGCAUUGCAGUGUGCGGUUCCGGUUUUGGUACCUUUGUUUUUGCGCCCCUGGCCACAUACCUACUGGGUCAGUAUGGCUGGAAGAACUCACUGCUUAUCUUUGCCGGCAUGAUUUUGAACUGUGCCAUCUUUGGUGCCAUGAUGCGUCCCCUGAAAUAUCCCAAAAAGAAGAAGGUAAAGCCUCUCAUGCAACGCAUGUACGAAGAGAAACAAUUGCAGUUGGAACGUGGCUCCUUCGCCGGGUCCUUUAUGGUCCAGCUGCCUGACGGGACCAUGGAACGUAAAAUGAAAAUGCCCCUCAAUGCUGAUCCCGGUGUGCAUUCGUCUCUCAACCUGGAACUGUUGGCUCAACAAGCAGCCUCAGGAAGCUUACAUCCUGUCUCCACAUUGCCCACGAUUACCGAAGCCAAGGUGGUGGAUAUGCAAAAUGGCCAGAAUGGACAGCAACAAAGUCCUCCCAGCAACAAGGACAGCAAUGGCCAGUUGGAUGUCAAGCCCCGUCGUCCACACCGCACUUCGGAAUCGAGCACCACCAGUCCCUACCAGUCGUCGGAUUACAUGACACGCAAUGCCUCACAGCCAGCAUUUUUAAUGGAACAUCAAGGUCUUCCCAAAAAUGGUUCGGUGCCGUCCUUUCAAAGGUCUCGCAAGACCUCAGCCUCAGAGAAAUUCCAGCCUUCAUUGGCGGCCAUACGGGCCUCUUCUCGUGCCGAUUUGGAUCCGAAUGGCAUGGAGAUGGGCAUGACCGCCUCCAAGAUGUCCCUGUCUCAGCAAAGCGGUGGCGGUAAAAUGGUGCGCCCCAUGUCUCGCAAAGAUAUUUUCUAUUCCGGCUCAGUGACUAAUCUACCCCAGUAUCAAUCCCAAAAAUCCCUAACCAAUUAUCGCCAGUCCGUGUUGUCCCUAACCAAAUACGAAAAGAGCAUGCAAAGUGUUAACCGUUUGGAUCCUUUGGCCGAGGCCGAACGUCACCGCGAACAAUAUGACCUGUGUCCCUGCUUGGCCAUACCGGAUUCGGUGAAAUCGGUCAUCAACAAUAUGUUGGAUGUCAGUCUACUCAAGGAUCCGGUCUUCAUGAUGAUUGGCCUGUCGAAUAUCUUCGGUAUGGCUGGUCUGUAUGUGCCCUUUGUCUAUCUGGUGGAUGCCACCAAGGCGGCAGGCAUCGAUGCCGACUCCGCCUCCUUCCUUAUCUCGAUUAUUGGCAUAACCAACACCUUUGGACGUAUUGUGUGCGGCUAUGUGGCCGAUUUUCCCUCCGUCAAUUCAUUGUUCCUCAACAACGUGUGUCUGCUGGUGUGUACCGUGGCUGUGGUCCUGACACCCUUAUGUGCCUCAUACGGAUCGUAUGUAACAAUGUCGGUAUUCUUUGGCCUAGCCGUAUCGGGAUAUAUCUCACUGACGUCAAUUAUCUUGGUGGAUCUGCUUGGUCUGGACAAGCUCACCAAUGCCUUUGGUUUGUUGAUUCUGUUUAGAGGUUUUGCUGCCAUCAUUGGCUCGCCCCUGGCCGGUGCUGUGUACGAUGCCACCCAGAGCUAUGACCUGCCAUUCUACAUGGCUGGUGGUCUGUUUGCCAUAUCGACGGUUACGAGCUUUUUGGCACCAUGCCUGAAGAGAUGUUCCAAGGCGGAAGAAUCACCCGUGCAUGUGGAGGCCCUGACGCCCAUCGACGAGGAACAGGGUGAAGAUGCCGAAGAUGAUGAGGAUCAGCCCAUAACAAUUGUACCAAAAAUUGUCAAAACUUUGGCCAGUCCCCAGCCGGUCGGAGAUGAAGCGUCACCCCAAUUCCCCAACAAAGCUGCUGAAUCGAAAUUAUAAGAUUUUAUUUAGAUGACGAAGAAGAGAGUCCGAAGAACAAGCAGAAGAAGAGGGCUGAAGAGCAUGUAAAACUGAUUCAGGUUUUCUUUUUUAGAAUAGUCAACAAAACAACAACAAAAACUGAAGCGAAAAGUGAAAAAUAAAGAAUAUUUCCAAAGAUUGUGAAAAUUGAGAGCUUAAUUAAGUUUAGGAGUCUCCAUGCAGACAAUGGAAUUAGAGAUGAUGAUGAUGAUGUAUAGAGGAAGAAGAAGAAGCUAUGUUACGAAAAUGAAAAUCUUCUUUGUUAUUAUAUAUUUUAUAUUUUAGUUAUUCUAUUAAUUUUUCUAUUUACGAGAAAAAAAAAACAAACAAAACAAAAAAACUAUAAAUUUUAUAUUUUUUAGCUAAACUUUGAAAAUAAGCUUACAACAAAUUUUAAGAGAAACAAAGCAAAAAAAUGCAAAAACAAUUGAGAAGAAAAUAUAUAUUAAAGAAUCCCAACUUGAAAACAAAGGAAAACAACUCCUUAAAAAGGCACAUGAAUAUAUAUUAAAAAAAAAUCAAUAAAAAAACAAACCAUACAACUUCAAGUAGUUAAAAACAACAUAGAAAUGCAACAAAUGUUCCAAAAUACAAAGAUAAACAAAGCGAAAAAAGAAACGCAGCAAAUCGAAAUUAUUAUGAAAAAAAAGAGCAAGAGAGAGUGGGAGGUAUUAAUCUCUCCUCCCUCACUCUGAAUAAUUAGACACAACACGUUUAAAUGAGAAAUAAGAAUUGUUUUAAAUUUUUAAACAAAAAUGAGAUUUUUUGUUAAAUUUUAUAAAAAGAAAAAAAAUAUUCCAAAAAAUAUAUAUAAUUUAUUAAUUAUUAAUAAAAAGAGAAGUUCUCUCUUAUGAGAUAUUACAGGAGAGAAGCCAUAAUAACCCAAAAUAAGACAAAAUGUUUCCUCUCUCCGCGCUAUAGAAACCAAAAAAUCUACCCAUAAACAAAUUAAUUAAGAGAGCAUAUACAAAUUAUUGCUCAUUUGCUUAUACAAAAAAAAAAAGAAAAACAAAACAAAAAAGGAGUAAAAUCAAGAGAAUUGAUCAAUAUUAUGAGAAUUAUAAACCAAAUAUUUUUUAUGUUAAAUCCAUUUGUUUUUUUUUUUU